UAUGCACCCUUCCGCCGCUCUCAAGGGCACAGACCACUAACGUAACGUUAGCUAAAGCUAGCAGCGGCGCACCACACGUGUGUUUACAGAGGAUCGUCUAAUCUUAAGAGUUUAGUUAACGACUCCGGUAGAAAUGGACGGAUUUGGUUCUGACUUCUCAGCAGGAGGAUCGGGCGGCAAAAUGGACACCGGCACGAUUAUGGAGCAGGUCAAGGUCCAGAUCGCGGUAGCUAAUGCUCAGGAGCUGCUGCAGAGGAUGACGGAUAAAUGCUUCAAGAAGUGCAUAGGUAAACCUGGAAGCACGCUGGACAACUCAGAGCAGAAAUGCAUUGCCAUGUGUAUGGACCGGUAUAUGGAUGCCUGGAACACUGUUUCCCGAACAUACAACUCUAGACUACAGAGAGAAAGAGCUCGCAUGUGAGCAUCGGUCUCUUCGCCCUUUCCCUCCUCGGGCCACCGCUUACCCACAGAGGAGCACAGUGCACCACCAGAGGUCAUGAGGUGUGCACGGGUGUGUCACGGCAGCAGCACACCAUCAACUUUUGUCAUUUUACCUCACAGACAGGCUAGCAGAGCCUGUGGACUCUAGCCAUAACAGUGUCUCUGUGUGGACGUUUUCUUUUUGCUCUGAGGAAAAGUUCAGUAACAAAGAUUAACUAUUUGUGUUUUUAUGGUAUAUAUAUAUAUAAUUAAUCUUCUGGUUAACCAUUAAACAUGCCAUGAUAAAAGCUGCAGGAUGGACCUGCAUGUAGGUCAGGAGAAUUGGAAACUCUAAAUUGCUUAUUGGAGUGAAUGAAAGUGUGACUGUGUUUGCGUGUGUGUGUUAGCCCUGUGAUUGACAAAUUGUUCUGGCUGUAUCCCAAUAUUUGAUAUUGUCAAUGGGGCUGUCAUUGAUUAGUCAACAGCAGAACUAUGGCCUUUGUUGUUUGGAGUAAAUGUAAGAGUUUAUUAAUGUGACUUCAAUAGAAACACUGUAUUUAACCUGACAUCUUCCUGCCAACAGACUAAGCUUUAGUCUGUAUAAUUAGGACACAUGAUACUGAUAAGGGUUAAUGGGACUUGAGUCUCUCAGUUACUAAAAUUGCUCCUUAAAAUACUGUGUCAGCAGUGUUCUCAUUCUUUCCUAGUGUGUACAUACAGAAUAUUUGUGCCUACCAAACAUGCAGCACAACCGGAGCCCUGAAGGGGAAACGCAACACAGCUUUCCUUAACACGCCGUGUGAGGUGAACCUGCUCUGUAGACCUACUUAAAACCAACAGAAAGAAUUGAGGAGCAACUUUGUGUUUUCACAACCGUGAACCUGACAUUCACAAGCCUCCAAACAGUCCUAUAUCAAAGUACGCCUGGAGAACAAAACUGUUUUGUCUGACCUGUUUUCUAGUUGUCACACUAUCUGCCGCCCUCCACAGUAGUGGGCUUGUUUCAGCAGGGUCUGCCAUGCUGUAGAUGUGGUAUUGAAUCUUUCUCAGCUUUGUGUGUGCGGUUUGUCAGAUGUCUGGGAACCAAAUUUCUUUUUAAAAAAAAAAAAAAAUCUUGCUGAGGUUUUGUGGGGAAGUACAAGCCAAAUAAGCCUGCGAACAUUAUUUGCAGUUUGAUUGGAGGUGUGCAUGUGAGCAAGUGAAAUGGUUUUCCUGAAAAAUAAAUAAAUCAUGUCAAUCAGU